AGUACCCUGUAGCGUCUUGGCGCGGUGACGUCACGAGAGCAGCAUCAGCUGUUAGCUGUGCGUGUGUUAUUGUGUGCGUGUGUUGUGUGCCACUGCUUGAAGCCUUGUCGCUGCCCAUCGCGGCCCCGCAUAAAGGACAAAUAUAUGAGAUCCCCUCUGCUCCCUGAAAUGGCGACACAGGAGGUACAGCUCAACGAGACUCUGGCGCAUCUGAAAACCGAGUCGGAGUCGCUCAAGUCGAAGCUGGAGGAGGAAAGAGCCAAGCUGCACGACGUCGAGCUGCAUCAAGUGGCGGAGAAGGUGGAGGGCCUGGGCCAGUUUGUCAUGAAGACACGGAGAACUCUGAAGGGGCAUGGCAACAAAGUUCUGUGCAUGGACUGGUGUAAGGACAAGAGGAGGAUUGUCAGCUCCUCGCAGGAUGGAAAAGUGAUCGUUUGGGAUGCCUUCACUACCAACAAGGAGCAUGCCGUGACGAUGCCUUGCACCUGGGUCAUGGCCUGCGCCUAUGCUCCGUCUGGCUGCGCUGUAGCUUGUGGUGGCCUGGACAACAAAUGUUCCGUGUAUCCUCUGUCCCUGGACAAGAACGAGAACCUGGCUGCCAAGAAGAAGUCGGUCGCCAUGCACACAAACUACUUAUCCGCUUGUAGCUUCACCAACUCGGACAUGCAGAUCCUGACUUCCAGCGGGGAUGGGACGUGUGCCUUGUGGGAUGUCGAGAGCGGACAGUUAUUGCAGAGUUUCCAUGGCCACGCGGCAGAUGUGCUCUGUUUGGAUCUGGCGCCCUCAGAGACCGGCAACACAUUUGUCUCAGGGGGCUGCGAUAAGAAGGCCAACGUGUGGGACAUGCGCUCAGGACAGUGCAUCCAAUCUUUUGAAACUCACGAAUCUGAUAUCAAUAGUGUGCGUUACUAUCCCAGCGGAGAUGCAUUCGCAUCUGGCUCAGAUGAUGCCACAUGCCGCCUGUAUGACUUGAGAGCAGACAGAGAAGUAGCCAUCUAUUCCAAAGAGAGCAUCAUAUUCGGUGUGUCCAGCGUUGAUUUCUCUCUUAGUGGCCGACUCCUUUUCGGCGGCUACAACGACUACACCAUUAACGUCUGGGAUGUUCUCAAAGGGACACGGGUGUCUAUUCUGUUUGGACACGAGAACCGUGUCAGUACGUUGCGGGUGUCCCCAGAUGGGACGGCUUUCUGCACGGGCUCCUGGGAUCACACUCUUCGGAUCUGGGCUUGAGGACUCGGACGCAGAUGAAAUGAAGUCAGACUGAACAGAAGCCCCACGGACACAAAGACCUUUCUGUUUGCUAACGUACAAUCACAGAAAUGGACACUCGCUUUGUGGUUGUACAUAUCAAAAGCAUUGUUUGUACUUUAGUCUCACAGCCAGGUUAGAUUCACAUAUCACUACAAUUAAUCCAAAUGACAUGGUUCUAUUCAAGUAUGAUUGGAUAAAAAACGCACAGAAGGAUCUAAGAUGGCAGUAAAAUAUGUGAAAUGUAUUUGAUGGAAAAAAACAAAACAAAACAAAAACACUAGUGAAUAGAAAUCUAGGAUAGAAGUGACACAAUAAAGUAAUGUGUUGUAUGUGCCACAUAAAGGGCAUUGUUUGUAUAUUAUUAAUUAUUUUGCACAAAAAUAAAGAUUUGAUUGGUAGAUGUAAUGCUGAUGAAUAGAGUACAGUAUCAUAGACGUGCAAGAAAGCUCAUUUAUGUCCAUACACCUGUCCCCAUUAAAAGCAUCAUUCAUGAAAGCUAAACUGCCAAUACCUUUGAAAAAAGCACAUUAAAAAGAGAAGUUAUGACUAAUAAUUUUUUCUUCAUUACCAUAAUUUUAUUUGCCAUGUUUCCACAAAUGUAAACUACCGAGGCUCAAUGUGCAUAUCCAGUCACGUAUGUGGUCUACACUAGAAUGCUAAUAAAUGGAAUGCAAUCAUUUCCA